GUUAUGUACCAUCACUCGUACGAGGCACAAUGGCUCUGAAAGUGUCGAAACCUCAUUGUUAUGCAGGUUUUUAUUUAUUUAUUUUUCUAAUCUAGUUUUCUACCGCUUUUAAUGUUUAGUUCAACUUUACGUUGAAGAUGAAUUAAGUAGUAAACUUUCAGAUAAAGGACGCCGGGGUCAGAGACGCGUGUUACGGUGCUUUGUUUAGGAAAUGCUGUUAUCUGGGCAGAACGAGAGGCCGUGGCUUUGUGUGGACAGAGUGUGGCUAUGACCAGCAGCUGAUCGGAGGCUGUUUUCCUCUUGGAUGAGGUUCCGGGUGUGGGGAUGUCGGGGCGGGUGGCGGUGACCCUGCUGGCCGCGCUCUGGCUCUCCUCGGCCGGCCGCGCCGCUCCGCAGUCUCCCGCUGACAGAUGCGACGAUGGAAAGCUCAAUGUGGACGCAGACCUGCCGGCGGAGGCGGUUUACGGCCAGUGCGCUGUCCCUGCUCGGCCAGAGUCUACUCAGAGACUUCCAAGUAUUGACACAGUGCACGAUCCCGAGCCAGCCGUGAAGAUAUGCAUGAAUAAACCUAUUUCCUACAACCACGCCAUUCCCAACAGUGGAGCGUUCAGGCCGGUGAGGGCAGAGAGCGGAGAGUACCUGUAUUGCCCUCCUCAACGGUGGCUCAACAACUUGCACCUCGGAGCUGCUGUUCUGCUGCACCAUCCUUGUGCUCCCCUGCAGGAGCGUCUCCUGCUGUCGGCCGUGGCUCGCUCCUGCCUGCCAGACUACAUCAUCACCCCACAUCCACAACUGGACAUACGCCUGCCGGUAGCCUUGGUGUCCUGGGGUCGCACCUUGCAGCUGACCACCGCGGCCUCUGCAGAAAUCUGCGCUUGGCUUCAGGCCACACAAGCCAGAGGAAAUGCGUUUGCUGGUACGACCCAGACGAGGAAAUACAACCUCCUGUUGAUCAGAUCGGCCGGGCUGCACCCGCUGGAACCGUCGAUGGAAACCGAGGGCUCUCUGAGGCGGUGCUGUGAGGAGACCCUCUCCUCUCUACUGGGAGGAAGCAGAGAGGCCGAGGCCGGCAUGAAGAAGAAGCCCUCCAUACGGAUUAAAGAGGAGAUGAAAAGCAGAGAGAUAAGAGCUGCCCUGAGACAAACAGAGAAUAACAAGACACGUGGUUCCAUGACAGAUAUCUCCAACGUUGUUUGGAGUGAUAAGACUAACGGAACCAUCCUUCAGCGGACAGCAGACGUCCAGCAGGACAACAGCACACUUGGAGCGUCAGUGGUUUCACUUUCAGGAAAAACCCUCACAGAUCCUUCUGUUCUCAAGCAGGCGCCUCAGUCCGAGGUCCAAGAUAAAGACCACGCCUUUACUUUGAGGCCAGCAACUCACUCGGUGUCAGUCCCCUCUAAGAGUGAUUCCAGUUCCUCAGGAUCGGGGGCUUUUCAGUCGCAGAAGAGCAGAGCGAUGCAACCCACAGCGGCGGUGCAGGCGGCUGCUCGUGCAGACGCCGACCUCACACCCCAGAACGCUUCUGCAGCCACGCAGGCUUUUUCAGAUGGCUGGAACCGUGAACAGAACCGCACCGCCGGGCCUGACGCCCCGGAUGUAAGGUCCAAACACAGAGGUGCGUGGUCUGUCAAGCGCAAAGAUGAGAACCCCGCUAAAAAGAAGGUGAAAGGAGAAAAUGUAGCAGAAGGAAACAUGAAGGCUGAUGAAGUCAUUGAUUUAAAAGAGAGAGAGCUAGAGCAUAACAUAAAGCACGGACAACACCAAGCUGAAAACAGAGGGGUUGAUUCGGCCUCCAAAUCCCAAGCAGACCCACAGCCGGACAUCCACAGCCAGGCUAACGCUAACGAGUGUGGGAGCUGCGACGCAGGGCAACGCUGCGACUGCAGCAGCGCCGCAGGGGCGGAGCUCCGCGCCGUGAGCCCGGGCCUGCCCCGCACCCCCAGGACAGACGAGGCGGUGUGGGCGGCAGCGGCCCUGGGCUUCCUGCUGGUUCUCCUCACCCUCUCCAUCCUCCACACCCGCCUGUACCGCCACUGGAGGACCACGCCCAGCCUCUACUGGCACGACCCCCGGCAGGACUACGACAGCGUCGCAGAUGUGAUCCGUAGGAGGUUGCGAAUUGCAAACAGGAGACGGAAAAGGGGGAGAAGGCAGGAGUGUGUUCUCCUGCCGAGCUCCUCCAGCUCAGAGGAGGAUCCUUAGAGGAAUAAAGGAAACUUCUCCAGGACUGUCCAGACAGAGCUUAAGCUUCGGACAUGUAGAGGAGGAGAAGACGGAAACCAGCAGAGUAAAAGAAGCAGGUCCUGCUUUCACUGGACUGUAAACAUCUUUCCUUACUGACUUAACUGGUCUGAACCAGCUUCAUCAAGAAGACAGAAGGGUUGCUACGUGAAAACUAAUGGUACAAGGGACUCAUACAGGGGAUCGUAAGUUCAAAUUGCUUGGACGCAGAGCGCCUGUAUCACCAGUGCUUUAUAAGAAUGGGACCAUCGUUCUACUGGAAGGACCAAAAAAAAAAAAAUCUGUUUUUAUGAGCAUCUGAAAAUAGUGCUGGAUUUUGAGCAAAAACAUUCAACGAAUGCUUGAAAAAGGCUCAAAUCUUUUUAUUUUGGUAGUUUUAUAGUGAUAUCAUCGUAAUGUUACCUGUAAAGGUUUAGAAUGAAGAAGUUGCUGUUGUAAGCAACACUUAGUCCUGUAUUUUGCUGGAAAACGAACAUGUAAAUAGUUGCAUUUUGACAAGACAAUGGCUGGUGUUUGUUAAACUGUUGCAUCUAAACUGGGGACUUCAUGUAGCGUCUGCUGUGUAAACUGGACCAUGAUACACUUCGUAGUCUGACAACAUCUUUCUUCUGUAACUUAGAUUUUUAAUAAAAUAUUGCAAAAUUGCUGUUG